GCAUGCGUCUGCGCAUCAUUGAGCUGUACAGUUUAUCCUCGUGUUUACAUUUGCCUGCACACUGUUAAAUCCUCGCUACUAUAGGCUAAAGAGGUCGUGUAAGAGUGUCAGCAUGUGUCAGGAGCAGAAGACGCGCGUCCUGCGACUGCCCGCGCUGAACUCCGAUGAGCUGAUGUCCCAGCAGGUGUGGGCAGAUAUCCUGAACUCCACUGCACAGGCAUUGAAGGCUGGUCAGGUAGUGGCUGUGCCCACUGACACAAUCUACGGUCUCUCCUGUGUGGCUCAAAACUCUAACGCCAUCAGGAGAGUUUAUGAGAUCAAAGGCAGGAAUGGAGACAGACCUUUAGCCAUCUGUGUUGGUGAAAUACAGGACAUCUACAGGUUUUGUAAGGUGUCCGUGAAGGAGGAACUGCUACGAGAUCUGCUGCCUGGACCCGUCACACUGGUUCUGGAGAGAUCAGUCACACUCAACAGUGAUCUCAAUCCUUUUACUAAGCUCAUAGGGGUCCGUAUUCCAGACCACCCGUUCAUGCGUCGCCUCUGUCAGAUGUGCGGCGAGCCGCUAGCUCUCACCAGUGCUAAUGUCAGCGCACACUCCAGUACAAUUGCUGUUCAUGAGUUUGAGGAUUUGUGGCCCAGUCUGUCUGUUGUGGUGGACGGUGGCCCGAUUGGUGACAAAAGUUGUCUGGGUUCUACAGUAGUAGAUCUGUCUGUGUGCGGCAGAUACCGAAUAAUCAGACCUGGAUGUGCCCUCUCAGUGACUGUUCAGGUACUGGAGGGCAAGUAUGGACUGCUGGAGAAUUCUGUCAAUCAAUGAGUUCAAGCACACUAAACCUGCUGUAGGUCACCAUCAGCAUGUAUGCAGACCAGCAGUUUGGAUGACCAAAGGGAAGGUGUCAUCAGAAACGUCUUGAAACGUGUUUCUCACUAUAGGACCAUUGGGUCUUCGUGAUGUUUGUGGGUUUGAUGAUUAUGAUUUUAAUAAUUUUUUUGAAACCAUAAUCUCAAGCCUUUUAAAUCCUCAGGCUCAAUUUGUCAAGCACGUUGGAGAUAAAAUACAUAUUUUAUUUCAUCUCAAGGUCAAACUUUCAGCUCCUAAGUUAACUUGCAGUCUUGUGUUACCACUUGAUGUUGAUGUUUUGUUCUGUGAAAUACCUCAAUGUAUGUUGCAUUAAUGGGAUGGUGUGUUAUAGUGAGACUAUCCAUUUGUCAAGAUACCGAACACUAAGAAGCUUGAUGUGUUGAUGGUUUUGUUACAGUAAUGAUUUAGAUUCACUUUUUUUAUUAUUAAUUUUGUUUUAUUUAUUGCCAUUUUAAAGUCAAUGUAUUGUGCAAGGGUCUGCGGAUUGGUUGCUCUCUGGCAGAGCUGCACUUAUAUUUUUUUUAAUAAAAAAUACAACCUGAAACUGUUGUGAAGAGGAACUUAUUUAUUGUUGUACUAAAUUGAAGGAGUGGUGGUGGUGUAGUGGUCUAAGGCACAUGACUGGUAAUCAGACGGUUGCUGGUUCGAUCACCACCAUUGUGUCCUUGAGCAAGGCACUUAACUCUGGGUUGCUCCGGGGGGAUUGUCCCUGUAAUAAGUGCACUGUAAGCAUCUGCAAAAUGCAUAAAUGUAAAUUGAACUAUGGACAGAGUAAUUAAAUCUUUAAAUAAUAAUAAAGCUUAAA